AUGGGAAAAUGGGAGUUGACUAUGAACCCAGUGCAGGAAUGGGGUGAAGAGUGCGAGGAAGGCGCGGUUUAUGGGGUGACUCUACGUCGGGUGUCCAUCCCUAACGCCAUUAGCCCCAGUGAGACGAAUCAAUGCUGCGCUUUUGUCCACUACCGAACCAGCAAACUGCGGCGACUGAAGGCCGCUAACCUGGGACUGCUCGUGAAUCACCUCCUCGAUCCUGGCUGCCAGGAACAGGACUACAGCAGGAUCUUCCUCUCCACAUACAGGACCUUCACCAGCACCACAGACCUCAUAGAGAUGCUCUUCCAAAGAGACAGCGCUCUCUCCGAUCUGGACAACAGUGAAAACUACAGGAGCCCUCUGUUGGCCUUUGUCCAGACAUGGUUGGAUGAGUACAGCGAGGACUUCAGAGAUCCUCCCCUGCACUCGGCGCUCAGGCUGCUGCUGGAUCACCUGAGGAUCAGCUCUGCAGUGCACGACAACAUGCGCAGCCAACCCAACUACUGCUCGCUGGCUGGGCAAGCUGAAACACUGCUCAGGAGGGUCCAGAAAGAAGCUGAGACAAGUGUCAGUUCUAAACAGGCAGCUCUGGAGCAAGAUGAGGACGGUUCAGGUGAUGAAGAUUCAGGAUAUGAAAACUCUCUGGAUCAAGGUAACAUCAUGGAUUUCUCAGUCGAAGCCAUCGCUGAGCAGCUCGCCCGUAUGGACUCGGCUCUGUUUGUCAAAGUGGUGCCGUACCAGUGUCUGGGCUGCGUGUGGUCCCAAAGAGACAAGAAGGAAAACAUGUCUCCCACCAUCCGCGCUACCAUCUCACAGUUCAACGCCAUUACCAACCAUGUCAUCAUGUCACUGCUGUGCCGGCCUACGGACGCCACCUCCAGUCCCACGUCCUCCCGCCGGUCUCCCACUACGCCGGCGCAAAGGGCCCGGAUCAUAGAGAAGUGGAUCAGAGUAGCACAGGUUUGUCGUCUGUUGAAGAACUUCUCCUCUCUGAGGGCGAUCCUGUCCGCCCUUCAGUCUAAUGCGGUUUACAGGCUGAGAAAGACCUGGGCUGCUGUUAGCAGGGAGAGCAAUGCCACGUUUGAUAACCUCUGGGAAACCUUUCCUGAUGAGAACUGUGUUCUAACCAACAGAGAGCUCCUGGUGGAGGACGGUGGCCAAGCAACCGUGGAUAACAUUUCUCCAAAGAUAUCCAAGCGGUAUCCAGUACCCAGACAGAUGAGCACCUCCAGUGGAGUGGUUCCUUACCUGGGCACCUACCUGACUGUCCUCACCAUGCUAGACACCGCCCUGCCAGACACUGUGGAGGGUGGGCUCAUAAACUUUGAGAAGAGAAGGAGGGAGUUUGAGGUUCUCUCACAGAUCCGUGUGCUUCAGAUGUCGUGUUCCCAGUACAACCUGCCCCAUCACCCUAGAAUCGCAGCCUGGCUUCAGGGACACAAGCUGCUCACUGAUCAGGAGAGCUAUGAACUGUCGAGACAGCUGGAGCCUCCAGUGGACUUGUGUUCACCAACUCCCUGGAGCCACCGAACACUCACAAAGAAACUCUCUUUUUUCCUGACGGUGAGCGAAGGAUCGAAAAAAGUACCCGCUGACCAGAUCAGCGUUUCAUCUUCUGGAUCCAGUGGAUCUGAGAUGGAAGACAUAUCGUCCCCAAACUCAGCCUGUUCCAUCAGACUGCAGUCCUUUCACAGCUCUUGCAACAACGUGUCCGAGGCCUCCUCUUCCUCCUCGUCCUCCCUCUGCUCCUCGGCUGCUGCCUCCUCUCCAGACUCCCCCUCUCCUUCCAGCUCCUCCGCUGAAUGCCAGACGGACCUCUGCUCUUCAGCCGCUUCCUGCGGUGGCGCUCGGCCGAAACUGUCUUUGGCCUCCGAAGGCGGCCACCACAAACGCUCGGUGUCCAUGACCUCCCUGCCUGUCUAUAACCAUCAAGGGGAAGACUCGUGCAUAGUGAGGGUGAGCGUGGACCUGGGUCAGAACAACGGCAACCUAUAUAAAAGCAUACUGUUGACCAGCCAGGACAAAACUGUGCAGGUGAUUCAGAGGGCGCUGGAGAAGCAUCACCUUGAGCACAUGAACUACCGGGACUUCACCCUGACACAAGUCAUCUCCUUAGAAAGAGAACUGCUCAUACCUGACAAGGCAAACGUCUUCUACGCCAUGUCCACAACAGCAAACUUUGACUUUAUUCUACGUCAGUUCCACAAAGGCCAGAAGAAACCAUUGAGAGCCACGUCUAGUCUAGGACGAUUCACCAAGUAG